UUGGGAAUGUGUUUUGUGUUAUUCUGUCUGAGCAGGUAUUUGUGAUGAUAGAUCUUGAGAAGAUCUUUCCGACGCAACAAGAAUCCCUUCAAUCGGAGCAAGAACGCGAAAGCUAUGAAGAUUCAAAGUUCAUGAGCUUGCGUUACAAUUGCGGCGGUUACAAAGUGAAGUUGUGGGUGGUGUUCUAAAGGUUGGAUGUGUCUUCCGCUAAGGGGAAACUCUGCCGAAAUUUCGUGGACGCCGACACUUGUGAAAAUAUCGAGGGAGUUGAGUGUGGACAGCAAAGGGGAGCUGAAAUUCGUCAUUUCUCAAGGAGAAGAUGAAUGAGAGAGGAGGAGAUGCUAAUGAAAGAGGAGCUGUUCCUGAGAAGCCAAGAGAAAAGGGGGAAGUUGGAGGCUUCUGGAAGAUGGGGUGUGCACUUGGGGAUUGCAAAGGAUCACAAGGGGUGGCUGCUAUGGGAAUUGACCACCCAGAAGCUGACUGUGUCAAGGGAUGUGAAGUUUCUUGAGUCCCUGUACUACAAGGAAUGGAAGCAGCAGCAACAGAAGCUUCCAUCUACACCGCUCAUUGUGGAGGCAGAUGAGGUGCAGCAGCCUUCAAGACAGGUGGAGGUUGCAGUGUCUGAGGAGGAGAUGUCUGGGGAGAAGGAUGAAAUCCUCAUGCUCUUGGUGUAUGUGGAUGAUAUCCUUCUCUUUUCUGCAUCAACUGCUUUGCUGGACAGCGCAGAGCAGAUGCUGGAGAUGCAGUUCAAGUGUUCCAAGAUGGUGAAAGCGGAUGGCACCAGCAUUGGGGGUUAUGUGUGCUUGCUAGGAGGUGGUGCUGUGAGCUGGCGCAGCAAGAAGCAGAAUGAGAUGGGAUUGUCCUCAUGUAUUUGUGAUGAUAGAUCUUGAGAAGAUCUUUCCGACGCAACAAGAAUCCCUUCAAUCGGAGCAAGAACGCGAAAGCUAUAAAGAUUCAAAGUUCAU